UCGUCCGCGGGAAGUUCCGCCCCUCCAGCAAUUUCGGUCCCGGCGCGGCGGCCUCGGCGGGGCAGGGACAGCUCGGGGAUGGCGAACCACGCGCGGUUCGUGGCCCGCACGGUGAUGGUGCAGAACGGCAACGUGGAGGCGGCGUACGGAGUCCUCAACAGGAUCCUGGCGCAGGACGGGAUCGCCGAUGCCGUGCGGCGCUCCCGGUACUACGAGAAGCCGACCCGGGAGCGGCGGCGCCGGGCGUACGAGGCGUGCCGGCGGGUCUACUGCGCCGAGAUGGCCCGCAAGAUCGCCUUCCUGGCGCGGGCCGCGCGGCAGGACCCGUGGCUGGGCUGCUGAGCCCGUGAAACCCAAUAAAAACCCCCAAUAAAA